UCAAUCUCUGUCCAUAAUAUGAAUCCAUUUCUUGCAAGAAUCCAAACUGCGGUCCAAAAUUGAGUCCCCCUUUUCUCCACGAAGAAGAUCAAAACCCCAGCUGAACCUCACUCUCCGGCGGCCCCCGGAUGUCUGAUGAAGUAGGCUAUGUGGUGGGCAACUCCCUUAAGGUACACUACUUUAAAUCUCCCUUGUUUUCCCACCAAACACUGAACUCGCAAAUGUUAACUCUCUUCAAACUCACUUGUCUCCCCAAAAAGACAAAUUCUUUCUGUUCUAGUUCCUGUAAUACUAGAAAGAUUAAUUAUUUUGACCAGUUUUUGCCUCUUUUUGAUAAAAAGAUCGAUUCUUUAAGCUAUUUGAACUCAAAUGAGAGGAGGAGAGUAGUUGUUGGGCUGUCUAGAAUUAUUAAACAAGGCCAAGGUUACAUUUUGAAGGGAUUUGCUAAAAAAAAUUGCCCUUAUUUUUUAGUUAAGAUUAUGAAAUCAUUAGAAUCUAGAGAAACUGCAUUUGGGUUUUUUAAGUUUGCAUUUCAAGAUGAUUCUGAUGAAAUAGUCAAGUCUUCUUGUGUUGCGGCACAUGUUUUAGGUGCACAGAAUCUCAAGUUCCUCGCUCAAGAUGUGGUUUCUUGGGUUAUUAGGAGAGUUGGGGUUGAUAGGAGUAGGGAGGUAGUGGAGUUUAUGUGGAAAAGGCAUGCUGAAUUUGAGUCGGAUUUCUCAGUUCUUGAUACGCUUAUGCGGGGUUUUUUGAAAGUGGAAAUGGGUUGUGAGGCGUUGGAGAUUGUGGGUAGGAUGAGGGAGGUGGGUUUGAGGCCAAGUUCAUCAGCAAUUACAAUUCUUUUUAAGUUGUUGCUUAGAGUUGGUGAUCAUGGUAGUGUUUGGAAGUUGCUUAGGGGUAUGAUUCAUCAAGGGCCUAGACCUUGCAAUCAUAACUUUAAUGCGGUGAUCCUUGGUUUCUGUAGAAAAGGACAUGUUAAAGUUGGGGAGAGUUUGUUGUGCGUGAUGCAGAAGUUUAAGUGUCAACCAGAUGUUUAUGCGUAUAACAUUUUGAUUAAUGCAUACUGUACAAGGGGACAGACUGUAGAUGCACUUGGUUGGAUGCGCUUCAUGAUCGAUAAUGGUUGUACACCGAGCUUGGUUACUUUUGGUACAGUCAUAAAUGCAUUUUGCAAUCAGGGAAAUAUGAUAGAAGCAAGGAAUCUUUUUGAUGGGAUGAAAGAGGUCGGUCACAUUCCCAAUGUUAUAUGCUAUAAUACGUUGAUGAAUGGAUAUGUUAAGGCGAGGGAUAUUGGUCAGGCAAACAUGCUUUAUGAAGAAAUGAAGAGCAAGGCUAUAGCUCCUGAUUGUACAACUUUUAAUAUUCUGGUUGCAGGGCAUUAUAGAUAUGGAAGAGAGGAAGACUGUGACAGAUUGUUGAGGGAUUUGUCACAAUCAGGCUCGCUUCCAAUUAGUUCACUAUAUAAUAUUUGUGUUUCAGGCUUGUGUUGGGCUGGCUGGCUGGAUGAGGCCAUGAAACUUUUAGAGGAUAUGCUUGAGAAAGGAAUAACUCCAACUGUAGUUGCUUUUAAUUCAAUAAUAGCAGCUUAUAGCAGGGCUGGCUUAGAAGAGAAAGCCUUUAAAGCGUAUAGAAUGAUGGUUAAAUUUGGUUUAUUUCCUUCAUCUUUGACAUGCAGUUCACUAAUCAUGGGUUUAUCCAAGUUGUGGAGGCUGCAAGAAGCUAGGGACCUUUUGUAUGAGAUGAUAGUAAAAGGCCUUCCCAUCAACAAAGCAGCUUUUACUCUGCUUUUGGAUGGGUACUUCAGGAUGGGGGAUGUGGCAGGUGCUUAUAGCCUGUGGAAUGAGAUGGAAGGGAGGGGGAUGCAUCCUGAUGCUGUUGCCUUUUCAGCCUUUAUUAAUGGUCUUUCUAUAGUUGGUCUAGUGGAUGAAGCAUAUGAUGUAUUUUUACAAAUGUCAAAAAAAGGGUUCGUGCCCAACAAUUUUGUGUAUAACUCUUUGAUCCGUGGCUUUUGCAACAGUGGGAGGCUGCAGGAAGCAUUGAUGUUGGAGAGGGAGAUGGCACUAAAGGGUCUUCUUCCUGAUAUUUUUACUAGCAAUAUAAUCAUUAACGGUCUCUGUAAAGAAGGCAGGAUGAAGUCAGCAAGUGAUGUAUUUAGAAACAUGCACCAUACUGGGUUGAUCCCUGAUAUUGUCACCUACAAUACUUUGAUUGAUGGAUACUGUAAAGCAUUCGACACAGUUAGUACAGAAGAAAUCGUGAAUAAAAUGCAUGCCACUGGAUGGGACCCAGAUAUCACUACUUAUAAUAUUCGUCUUCAUGGGUUAUGUACUGGUCAGAAAAUGAGUCGAGCUGUGAUGAUGCUGGAGGAGCUUAUUUCAGCAGGUGUUGUUCCAGACACAGUAACAUACAACACUCUUAUGAAUGGUGUUUGUACUGACAUUCUGGAGCGUGCCAUGAUUGUAACUGCCAAAUUGCUUAAGAUGGCAUUUGUUCCUAAUGUCGUUACAGCCAAUCUACUAUUAUCUCACUUUUGCAAGCAGGGAAUGCCUGAAAAGACCAUUAUGUGGGGUCAGAAGUUGAAUGAGAUCUCCUUUGGUUUCGAUGAGAUUUCCAUAAAAUUAAUGGAUAGAGCCUUCCGUAACAUCCAAGAUAAUGUUAACUUGCCAAAACCACCACCUGAAAAGAGCCUGUUUCUGGAUUUCCUCAUGUACGUUACAUACGAUUAUUUGAGCAGAAAUAGUCCUCAAAAGAAAGAAAAUCAGGGUUCACUUAAACGGAUGGAAAUUGGUUAUGGUGGAUCCUGAAAGCUUGUUGGAUGGGUUUCUAGGACUUAAGUUUUCGCGAUGUGCAAAAAUCUGUGUGAAAGCAGAACCUGGCAUGCCUUGUUGAAGAUUACCCAGCUGUCUGCACAUUAUAGUGGCAAUGAGUUUUUGAAGCACCAUGCAUAAGGAGACAGUAAUCUUCUUUGGUUGAUAUGGUAUUAGGGAAGCUGCUUGCUGCUCUUGGAAACUUGCAUGCUGUAGAAGAGAUACAAGAAUAGGGUAUAACCUAAAAGAAAACGUGGUUUACCCAUCAGUGAAUAGAUCAGCUAGUAUCAGGUAAAGCAGAGCAGCAGAAAAUAAUAUGUUUUACCAUCCUCAUUUCUGAGGAAAACUGUUCACUGAGUUGAUUUCUGUUCAUGGUGUAGAAUUUCUUGUUGAUGCAACAGCAUAAAUGGUGGGAUGAACAGGCUAAUGUGUAGGCUCUGUCGACAAUUGGAAUUAAGCAUGCAUCCAUUGGCGUGGGGCCAUAAGGGGAAAAUAUAAAAUCUUUGCAGAUAAAUGAUCAUGGCCUCUGAGUUCAUUUCUUGGCGUGCACCUGCCAGUAUUAUAGUGCACAUUCUUGUUCGAAGACUAUCUUUGGAGAUGGCUUCCAACGUUUGGAUGCAUCCUUCGGCUUUUUAUGGUUUCGCUGCUGCUACAUCCCGAGGCGAGAAAGUUGUAGUUGCAUAUCUUCUUUGACAAGAUAAUACAAGAGAAAUUCUGAAAUGUUUUCUGUCCCCCUUUCACUAAGAGAGUUACAAUAUAUAUAUACAUCAAGAAGUAUCAAAACCCUUAAUUCUAGCAUCUAAUAAACAUAAUCAGAUUCUUUAAUACUAGGCCUAGACAAUAAUUGAGAUCUUUAGAGAGAAUCCAGGGAUAUACAGCUAUGACAGAAAUUAAACAAAGAAAGAAGAAUAUAGUGACAGCUAUGAAAGAAAUAGAAUAAGAAAAGGAGAAUAUACUGACAGCUACAAAAGAAAGACUAAUAGCUAUUAAAAAAAUGAAAUAAAAGAGAAUAUAUUGACAUUCUUCACUGCCACCCCCGCCCUGUCCUCCUGUUCUCUCCAUUCUUCUUUAUUGUACUCUGUACUCUUGGACUUUGACACGAUGCUUGGGAUUCGAAGUAAAUGACCACAGUUUCAGGAUAGAGAAUGGCAAUGAGGAUCAGAUACACGAGAUGGUUAAAUUUGGUUUGUCUACAGAUGAUGCUUGCAGCUAAAGAAGUUUCGAGUUCACAGUGAUGGUUUCUAUCCACUCGUGGGGUGUGAUAUUUGGAUUGAAGAAAUGGGUGUGGCAGCCUCGUAAAUUGCAGGCUGAUAUCAAGAAAUUAUCGGA